CCAUUGGGUAGAGACACGCCACCACCGUCCACCCUGGCACGACCACCACAAAGUACACCGGCCGCCGCCGCCGCCGCUGUGCAGACCUUCUCCUCUCCGACUCCGGCCGUCCACUCCUCUUGCAUCUCCCGUCCACUCCACGUUGGAACACCCUUGAUGCUACCGUCCAUGGCGUCCCGUUUCAUGUAGAGUCCCCUUCCUACCCAAUCCAACCAAUCAGGCCCCCCAAACCCACCGGAGGAAACAAGGCUUCCGCCGCCGCCCCCAGUGCCUAUGCCUCCGAGGGAGUGAAAGGCGCGCAGACAACCCCCCGUCGCCAAUUCGCCGGCGACUACCGCAGCAGCUCCCCGCCCAAUCACUCCCGGAAUCCUCCCACCGGUCGAGCGAACUCGCGGCGGCGGAGAUGAUCCGGCUACGGACCUACGCGGCGUUCAGCCUGCUGGCGACGACGACCGCCGUGUACCACGCCUUCAGCACGCGGGGCCAGUUCUACCCGGCGAUGGCGCACCUCGCGGCCUCCAAGCCCUGCCUCGUGCUGCUCCUCAACGCGGGCCUCGUCGCCAUGUGCGCCGCCUGGCAGCUGGUCCGCCGCGCCUUCCUCGGCCCGCUCCGGGAGGCCGAGGCCGAGCGGCUCAACGAGCAGGCGUGGCGGGAGGCCGUCGAGGUGCUCUUCGCCGUCACCAUCUUCCGCCAGGAGUUCUCCCUCGCCUUCCUCGCCAUGGUCGCCGCGCUGCUCCUCGUCAAGGCGCUGCACUGGCUCGCGCACAAGCGGGUCGAGUACAUCGAGACCACGCCCUCGGUGCCGGUGCUGUCGCACGCCAGGAUCGUCUCAUUCAUGGCCUUCCUUCUUGUUGUGGACUGCAUCUUCCUGUGGAACUCGCUCGGCUCGCUCAUUCAGAAGCGGGAGGCAUCUGUUGCGAUCUUCUUUUCCUUUGAGUAUAUGAUACUAGCAACAUCCACAAUAUCGACAUUCGUAAAGUAUGUAUUCUAUGUCAGCGACAUGCUAAUGGAAGGUCAAUGGGAGAAAAAGGCAGUGUAUACGUUUUAUUUGGAGCUUAUCAGUGACCUUGUGCACUUGUCUUUAUAUAUGCUCUUCUUCAUAGCAAUCUUCCUGAACUACGGAGUCCCACUGCACUUGAUCCGUGAGCUCUAUGAGACCUUUCGCAACUUCAGAAUCCGCAUAUCAGAUUAUGUACGCUAUAGAAAGAUAACUUCCAACAUGAAUGAGCGAUUUCCAGAUGCUACAACAGAUGAACUCACUGCGAGUGAUGCCACAUGUAUUAUUUGCCGUGAAGAGAUGACCACAGCAAAGAAGUUGCUUUGCGGGCACUUGUUCCAUGUACAUUGUCUUAGGUCAUGGCUAGAGCGCCAACAUACUUGCCCCACAUGUAGAGCUCCAAUUGUCCCUCCGGACAAUGGACGUGCAGCAUCAUCAGCACAGCAACAUGGAGCUCAACCUGCUGCAGGCACUGGUACUUCAACUUCAGGAGGAGCACCAAGUGAGAACGUGAACAUGCGCCAAGCAAAACUUGAGGCUGCUGCGUCAGCUGCUUCUGUGUAUGGGAGAUCAUUUGCUUAUCCUCCAGCAAGCACUUUGAAUAGACAUUCAGGACCUAUGCAUGCUGCACCAAGUACUUCACAGUCAGGAGAAGCAAGUAGUUCCACUGGCCAUCCUUUAGAACCUCAGCCUUUUUAUUCACAUGGUCCAGUUGGUUCUACAGCAAGCAGCAGGGACCCUGAAAAUGCUCUACAAAAGGCAUAUGAAAAAGCUAUCAGGAGCCAGAUAGAGGUGUUGCAAAUCCAAUUGCAAAUGGUGCAGCAAAGGGCUACCACAUCGGCGGCAACUAACAAUUCGAGUGUUGAACAUGCCUGAAAUAGGUGAAGCGCUAAGUAGGCAAAGAGGGUUCUUGGAUAUGCAGAUAAUGUAGAUGGAGAUUGUGAUAGACAAAGGAUGUAGAUGGAGGUUGUGCAAUACCUGAUGUGGAACUCUGACGAGAUGUCUUGUUUAUUUUGGUAGGCUCUGUCUAGUUAUUUGUAUAUUAGCAGCCUCGGUGUCGACAUCAAUGUCUGUUUGUUCUAUCUGGUAAUUUAUCUUGUUGAUGAAUCAAGAUUA